UGUAUUCACAAUCCACAAUCAACAGUCAUGGUUCUACUUCCAAACAAACCUGCACCAGUUUUCAAAGGAAAAGCUGUUGUCGAUGGUGUCUUCAAGGAGAUCAGUUUAGAGGAUUAUUUGGGACAAUAUGUCGUGUUGUUUUUCUAUCCAGCUGACUUCACAUUCGUCUGUCCAACAGAGAUCAUCGCAUUCAGUGAUCAGGUGGAAGAUUUCAAGAGUCGAAAUUGUCAAGUGAUCGCCUGUUCUACGGAUUCUGAAUACAGUCACUUCGCAUGGAUAAAUAUGGAUCGGAAAUCAGGUGGAUUGGGAGAGAUGAAAAUCCCCUUGUUGGCUGACAAGACGAAGUCGAUCUCGAGAGCCUAUGGUGUGUUGGAUGAAGAGGAGGGAAAUGCAUUCAGAGGUCUAUUCAUCAUCGAUCCGAAAGGAAUUCUACGUCAAAUUACAGUCAAUGACAAGCCAGUUGGAAGAUCCGUCGACGAGACACUUCGACUGUUGGAUGCAUUCCAAUUUGUAGAGAAGCAUGGUGAAGUUUGUCCCGCCAACUGGAAACGUGGUCAACAGGGAAUUCAAGACAAGCAUUAGAAGGCUCACCUGAAACAAAUAAUUUUCCCUUUUAUUUUAUUUCUCCAUCCUCAUCAAUGUCUGACAUAUGAUGUCAUUCUUCACUGACUCAAUCACUCAUUGUAUGAUAUCUGAGAAUAUUUGUCAAUAAAUAGCACUUUUCGAAUGAA